UCGCUAGUCGCUGUUAUAAGCGUCGGUUUAGCGCUGAGGAACUCAGUCAGGGCUUGUUUACACAUGCGACGGGCGUCUGUGUCAAGUUCCUGACUGCUCGCUGAAGCAGCACGAUGGGAUUUCCCACAGAUAUAAAUUCUAAUUAAACAUAAAAGGUCGUUUUUGUCUUCAGCGGGUUAUAUUUGUAGAUAUCGAUGAUAGUGAUUAGUUUGUGUCGGGUCAGCGCAGGCAGUCCGCUGGAUACCUAUUCAGCGAGGAGGGGCGGUGACCGAGAGCACAUGCCUUCGUUCUGAGCUUCGCCAUUGGUCGUUCAGGGGGCCUUAGCGUAUAUCCUGCUUUCUGAUUGGCGGGCGCGGCUGUCCGUCAGUCUCGGUCCGCGCUGGCGUAUAUAAGCGCGCGGGUCUGCUGUGCCACAGCGCGAGAUGGAGCAGCGCGAGCUCACGCACUUGUGAAUAAUCGAGAGGGCAAAAUCUGUUUUUAAUCGUCACUAUCUAAGAGUACAUCUCAUAUUUACAGUAGCUCAGUACAGGUUUGUAUGCGGCUCAGUGAGCGCUUUAUAUAGUGUGCCGUGUGAGGUAUUUUUGUGUGAGUUUUGCGCGCGUAUUUACUCACAGCGCGAGAAAGGCGGAGAAACGAUCGCGCUUAGUAGUGUGUGUGUGUGUGUGUGUGUGUGUGUGAGGUAACGUACGUGUGUGUUUGUGUCGGAUAGGGGCGGGAGGGAGUGUCUGCAUUAUUCAUGAGCAGUGCGGUGGAUCCUCCUAGGGGGUGUGGUUAUUAAAAUUAGCGGGGCGUGGCGUUGAUUUGAGUGACACAUGGGUCACAAGCACAUUAAUGCAACAAAAGCUACACUGACUAGUCAAUCGUGUUAUUAGAGGCUGAUGGAUGUGCGCCGUGAUGUCCGUUCAGAGUGAGCUUCCGGCCGCCGGCGGGGCGAGUUUGCACACCCGUCCUCCGCCCGUCGCCGUCCAGGAUGAGGUGAGCGCUAACAUGGUGCUAACCGAACUCGCCGGCAAUCACGUGACCCCUCAGGACAGCGACGCGGCGACUCUACACACCGAGCCGAUCAAAAAUGGCCUGCAGACGCAGAAACUGAGCAAGCGGCGCUACACCGUGAGCGUAGGCUUCAAACACCCGAGUCUCAGUAAACGCAGACGCCGCGCAAACUCCGAAUGCGACCCGGUUCUGCCCUCCAACUUCCUGCUGGGCGGGAACAUCUUCGACCCGCUGAAUCUCAACAGUCUAUUGGACGAGGAGGUCAGUAAGGUGCUUAACGCCCAGACGCCCAAAUCCUCGCCGCUUCCCAGGAAAAGCAGAGACCCGGUGGAGAUCCUGAUUCCUAAAGACAUCACUGACCCUCUGAAUCUGAGCGGACGCGGCGGAGACUCAGCGGCGGGCGUCUUGGUGUCGCCUUUAAAGAGCCGGCGCCGACAUCGCAACCGACACCAUCCGGGAGUGACCGCUGAGCCUUCGGAUGGCGAGAGGUCAAAGGUCAACGACGGGUCGGGCGUGUCCGUUAGUUCGGACAAGCCUGUAGAGGCAUCACCGCGUUCUUACGAACUCAACACGUCAAUCAACUGCCGUGACGAAGUGGUGCCGCCCCUUCUCCCACGGCGACGGUCACACCCCUCCUCGUUAAGCUCCGCCCCCCAGGCGCAGCCGUCCAAACACAGGAAGCGCAGACGAACCAACAGCCGUUCGGACCGCCUGUCCAUCACACCGACUAAACAGACAGUCGCGCACAGCCAGGCGUUCCACACUCCUGUUGUGGGCGGAGUCUGCGGAGCUCCGCCUCCAGGGGUGGAGAAAACCCUGCACAAGACACCCCGCACGUUCCAGUACGGAAGCUACAGCCGUUACUACGGUUACCGCACACCGUCGCCGAGCACAGACCCGCGCUUGGCCGUGUUUAGACCCGAGUGGUUCCGCGGGAAGAAGGUCCUGGAUGUGGGCUGCAGUACGGGUCAUGUGACCCUCACUAUCGCCGGGCACUGGAGCCCCGAGCGCGUGCUGGGCGUCGACAUCGACGGAGCGCUGGUGCGCAUUGCCCGCCAGAACCUGCGCUACUUCCUGUCUGAGAUGCCCGGGUCAAGCAGCGGGCCGCCGGGUGAGGGGUCAGAGGUCAGAGGUCAGAUGGGGUUGGCGCCUCUGAUGGGCCUGGAGCUGGAGCGGGGUCAGGCGUUACGCAGGUUUCCUGUGUCCUUCAUGCGCUGCCGUGGACCCAUCGCCGCUCCUCCCAUAAUGCCUCACACCCCCGGCCUGUUCCCCUCCAACGUCUACUUCCUGAAGGGUGACUAUGUGCCGGACAGUGACGAGGCGGUGAUGUCCCAGUGUGCCGAGUACGAUGUCAUUCUGUGUCUGAGUUUGACCAAGUGGGUUCAUCUGAACUACGGUGACGCUGGAAUCCAGAGACUGUUUCACCGCAUCUACAGACACCUGUUACCUGGAGGAGUGCUGAUCCUCGAACCCCAGCCCUGGAGCUCCUACAGCCGCCGCAAGAGACUCACGGAGGUGAUGUACAGGAACUACAGGAGCAUCAGACUGAAGCCGGAUCAGUUCAGCUCUUUCCUGACGUCUGAGGUGGGCUUCAGCAGCUACGAGCUGAUCGGGACGCCUCACAACGGACUUCAGCGGUCGAUUUACCUGUUCCAUAAAGGCCCCGCCUCCAACAGGAAGUGAGUCUCAGGAAGCGGGCCGGCCGGCAUCGGAAUCGUCAUGUGAUCUUCUGAUUUAACACAAACACACAUGGUUUUGUAGCGUUGUGCUUCUAAGGUUUGUUUCUUCCUGUGCCCUGCGGAGGGAGGGCUGGACUACUUCCUGUUUGCUCCGUUUUUAAACGUUAUGCGUGUCAGAGUUUGCUGCAGCGGUGACUGUUUGACCUCUGACCUCAGAUGGGCCGUGAUUGGUGGCUGGUCGGGUCACAUGGACGUGACACAGACUGAGUGGCGUCUCCUGAUGCCGACUGAGGUUCAUAUCUGAUCUGAGCCGCUUCCACGUGUGAAUAAAUCUGAUGUGUUUCUCA